CAUUACACAAAAAUAUUCUAUUACUCGUAUCAAUCAAAAGAAGUCUUUUCGAUUUCACAUUCUGUCAUUCUCCAAUCUCCACCUUUUAUCUACCUUUUUCUCUAAACUUUCUAUCUCCAUUUUCAUGGCAAGUCUUGAGGAUAUUGGGGUUUCUGCACUGAUAAACAUCAUCGGCGCUUUCGCAUUCCUUUUAGCUUUUGCUUUUCUCAGACUUCAACCCGUUAAUGACAGAGUUUACUUCCCAAAAUGGUACAUCAAUGGAGCUAGGAGUAGUCCUAGACACAGGGGGAACUUCGUUGGCAAAUUUGUCAAUCUCAAUUUCGCUACUUACCUUACUUUCCUUAAUUGGAUGCCUCAAGCUAUGAAGAUGAAGGAAUCUGAGAUCAUUGAACAUGCUGGACUUGAUUCUGCUGUUUUUUUGAGGAUUUACAUUCUUGGAUUAAAGAUUUUUGGACCAAUCACUAUUGUCGCACUCUUGAUUCUUGUUCCAGUCAACGUAUCGGGUGGGACUUUAUUUUUCCUCAGCAAAGAAUUAGUAGUCAGUAACAUCGACAAGCUUUCAAUAUCAAAUAUUCAACCGAAAUCUCUGAAAUUUUUUGCACACAUUUCAAUGAUGUAUUUAUUUACAUCUUGGAUAUGCUACAUGCUCUACAAGGAAUAUGAUAUGGUAGCUUCAAUGAGACUCAAGUUUUUGGCUUCGAAAAAUCGGCGAGCUGAACAAUUUACAGUUUUAGCGAGGAAUGUGCCACAUGUGUCUGGGCGUUCUGUAUCUGAUAGUGUUGACAGUUUCUUUAAAAAGAACCAUCCGGAUCACUAUCUCUCUCACCAGGUUGUUUACAAUGCAAACAAGUUUGGAAGACUUGUUAGGAGAAGACAUCGAUUGCAAAAUUGGUUAGACUAUAAUCAACUUAAAUAUGAAAGACACCCUGAAAAACGACCAACUAUAAAGACGGGUUUCCUUGGACUUUGGGGUAAGAAGGUAGAUUGCGUUGAAUACUACAAACAACAAAUUAAAGAGUUUGAUGAAAGAUUGACAAUGGAGCGACAAAAAGUCCUAAAAGAUCCGAAAUGCAUAAUGCCAGCUGCAUUUGUAUCAUUCAACACUCGAUGGGGGGCAGCAGUGUGUGCACAAACACAUCAAAGCAAAAACCCAACUCUUUGGUUAACAAAAUGGGCCCCAGAACCCCGUGAUGUUUAUUGGAAAAAUCUUGCUAUACCCUUUGUUUCUUUAAGCAUCCGUAAACUUGUUAUAUCAUUAUUACUCUUUGCUCUUGUAUUCUUCUACUUGAUUCCCAUUGCAUUCGUUCAAUCUCUUGCCAAUCUUGAAGGUCUUGAAAGAGUUGCUCCUUUCCUCAGACCUGUAGUUGAAUUGAGUUUCAUCAAAUCUUUCCUCCAGGGUUUUCUCCCUGGUUUUGCUCUCAAGUUUUUCCUUUACAUUCUUCCUUCUGUUCUUAUGGUUAUGUCAAAAAUUGAAGGACAUGUGGCAUUUUCAGUUUUGGAAAGAAGAACAGCUGCAAAAUAUUACUAUUUCAUGCUUGUGAAUGUCUUUUUGGGAAGUAUUGUAGCAGGAACAGCUUUUGAACAGCUUGAUUCUUUCCUUCACCAAUCUCCUACAGAGAUUCCGAGGACUAUAGGGGUAUCAAUUCCAAUGAAGGCUACUUUCUUUAUUACAUAUAUAAUGGUUGAUGGGUGGGCUGGAAUUGCAGCAGAGAUUCUUCGGUUAAAACCAUUGGUCAUUUAUCACUUAAAGAACAUGUUUAUUGUAAAAACCGAACGCGAUAGAGAAAAAGCAAUGGACCCUGGAAGUGUAGAUUUCCCUGAAACUAUCCCUUCUCUUCAAUUAUACUUCCUUAUGGGAAUCGUAUACGCUGUCAUUACUCCAAUCCUUCUUCCUUUCAUUCUCGUGUUUUUCGCCUUUGCAUACUUCGUUUAUCGCCACCAGAUAAUUAACGUGUACAAUCAACAAUAUGAGAGUGCAGCUGCAUUUUGGCCACAUGUUCAUACUCGUAUAAUCGCAAGCUUGUUAAUAUCCCAAUUGCUUUUAUUGGGACUUCUUGGCACAAAAAAGGCUGCAAAUUCGACUCCAUUGCUUGUCGCAUUACCCAUUUUAACCCUAACGUUCCACAAAUACUGCAAGAAUCGCUUUGAACCUGCGUUCCGAGAAUACCCUCUUGAGGAAGCCAUGGAAAAGGAUACACAGGAUAAAGCUUCUGAAUCUGAGAUCAACCUCAAGGCUUUCUUGGCUGAUGCGUACUUACACCCGAUUUUUCGUUCUUUUGAAGAAGUGGAGUUGUUAGAGGUUAGAGUCGAGAAGAGCCCACCUGACACACCGAGUCAACCAGCUGACACACCGAGUCAACUCGCUUCUGAACCCGUUUCUCCUUCACGUUCUCCUUCUCCCUCUCCACCCCAUCACUUAGAUCAAGAAGAACAAGAAGAAUCUGUUACUGUUCAACACUAUGAAGUUGGACCUCCGGCUAAUGUUUAUCACUAUGGAUAUGAACACCAUGAGAACAUCUUUCACUACAAUAUGGAUCAAUACAAUGAGACACAACACAAUGUGCAAGACUAUAUUGUAGAGUCACCACAUAGUUACUAUCGUUAUUGAGCUAAAGCCAAGAUUAGUUUGUAUUGUAUGUUGUUUUAAUUUUCAUAAGUUGCUAACCAUUUUUACAAAAUAGUCAUGUGAAUAGUAAUUGUUGGUAGAUGUAAUGGACAUGCCACGUAUGG